CCUCCACGCAGACCAACACCUGCUGUUUCUAUAUCAGCCCCCUCGCCCACGGGUAGUCUGGCCAUGGCGAACCGCCUCGCCGCCCGCGGCAAGCCCACCGUUCUUUACCAGUGCCCGUCUCACUUUUGGAUCCACGUCUCCUCCCUGAGCGCCGCCGUCUUCUGUAUCGCCUAUGCCGUCUUCCAUUACUGGAACAGCGUCGUCCACCCGCCCGAAGGUCUGGCCUGGUACGUUCCGCACCUCUUCGCUGUCAUCUGCCUGACCAUGGUUUCCGCCGGCUUCUGGUUCCUCUACAGCACCGCGUUCAUUGUGAGGAGGAUCACCGCCAUCCCCAAGACCGCCGUGCCUGCCUCUUAUCUCCGCGCUGGCCCCGGCAAUACUAUGACCCCUGCCCGCCAGGCCUUACUCGCCGCCCUUCAGGAGAGCCCCGUCGCUCUGGAGUGCGAGAUGAGCAUGCUCGUGCCUUUCCUGCCCACCAAGAAGGUCAUCGCCGCCCCAAGUGAGGUGUGGCUGCCCUUCCGUUUCCAGGCAAUGCCCCUUGCCUCUGCUGCCCCGGCGGAGGCUGCAACUCCCCAGGGCGGAGGCGGCGUCAUGAGCAUGAUCACGAGGCCUUUCAAGGCUUUUGGGAGGGGCGUCAAUGGUGCAUUUCUGGGUCUGAGGAGGGGCUUAUUGAGGGAGGGAUUCGCCCCGAUCAAGGUGAAAGGGACACGAUAUAAAGUCGACAUUACGAGCGGGAACCUGUUCGAUAAGGGAAGAGCUGUGGAUGCUCUCCUCCCUUACCGCCCG